UAACAAAUCAUAUACAUCAGAGUCGAAACACAUUCAUAACAUCAUUAACACAUUAAAAAUGGCACCAACCAAAGUACCAAAAAAGCCUUUAGAAUCAAUCGAGAAGGUUGAACUGACGAAGAAAAUUAAAAAAAUGAAGAAGAAGAAGAAAGAUUACGACAGCUUCAACAGCUACAUUUACAAGGUGCUUCGUAGCGUCGCUCCAGAAAACAUAAGGAUAUCGAGGAAAUCUAUGUUGAUAAUGAAUAACGCGGUGAACGACCUGCUGGAGCGGUUCGCUGUGGAGGCGGGGAGGCUGGUGGCGCACGGCAAGAAGACGACCAUGGGAAGCCGGGAGAUACAGACAGCUGUGAGACUGUUAUUACCGGGGGAGCUCGCCAAACACGCGAACUUGGAGGCGCUGAAGGCGGUCACGUUAUAUCACAAUAGUGUAGACAAACCUCUCGCCAAAUAGAAUUGAAGAACUAUGUACCUAUGUAUACACCACCCAAUAUUGGUGUGAAACAAAUUGUAUGUAAAAGCAGCUGGUCUUUAUGACGUAGUCCUUUUGAGGACUGAAUUUUCCGUUUCUGACGAUAGCUAUUUUCAAU